AUGGCGAUGGCCAAGAUCAACCAGGCAGCAGCUGCCGAUGCUGCAGUAGACAUGAGCGAGCUGCUCCACACAUUCGCGAAUGACAUGGCAUGCCGCAUUGUGUCGGGGAAGUUCUUCUUGAAAGAUGGUCAAAGCAAGUUGUUUCGGGAACUCAUCAAGGAUACCUCACGGCUGCUAGGCGGGUUCAAUUUGGAGGAGUACUUCCCUGCAGUGGGUAGGGUAGGAGUGGUGAAGAAGGCGGUUUGUGCCAAGGCCGAAAGAGUGAGAAACAGAUGGGCCGAUCUGUUGGACAAGGUGAUCGACGAUCGUGUGAGCAAGCGCAAUUCAACAUCUGAUCACAAGGAUGAUGAUUUUGUGGAUAUUAUGUUGUCUGUCCAACAUGAGUAUGAUCUCACAAGAGAGCACAUGAAAGCUCUCCUGACCGUGAGUACAGAUAAUACCUUUCAUACUAAACAAGUUGAAUUGUAUAUAUCUUUCAUUGUCCUAAUUACAUGA